AUGCGGGUAUCGCCGGCGCUGGUGCACGUUGUGGAACGCGCGAGCCUGGUGCCCGUAUCGGCGUUGCUUGUCGAGGCGUAUGCAGUUGACGUCUGGACACCGGCGAAGUUCGUUCUUGUGGUGAAUCUAGUCGAGGAGAGAUUCGAAGAGCUAGAGGCGACUGGACACGUGUUGGAGUACGAGCGCGCAGUGGGUAUGGUGAUACUCGCCGUGUAUGAGCUUGUUGUGUAG